UAAUCCGAGCGCGGCUCCGGCACUGCUCUCUGCUCCCGAAAGCAGCAUCCUUCCGUCGCCGCCGGCAUGGCUGGCGUGAGCUUCAGCGCGAACCGCCUGGAGCUGCUGGCCUCCUAUCAGGAGGUGAUCGGGGAAGACAGCCCCACGGACUGGGCUUUGUAUACCUAUGAAGACGACUCUGAUAAUCUGAAGCUGGCAGCCUCAGGAACUGGUGGCCUGCAAGAGCUGUCGAGCCAUUUUGAGAUCCAGAAGGUGAUGUACGGAUUCUGCAGUGUCAAAGAUCCCCAGGCCACCCUGCCUAAAUAUGUCCUCGUUAAUUGGGUUGGAGAGGAUGUAGCUGAUGCCCGCAAGUGUGCCUGUGCUAGCCACGUGGCCAAAAUUGCAGAGUUCUUCCAGGGUGUGGAUGUAAUUGUCAAUGCUAGCAGUGUGGAAGACAUAGACCCGGGAGCUAUUGGUCAGCGACUCUCCAAUGGCUUGGCACGCAUUGCCAGCCCAGUGCUGCACCGCCUUCGCCUGCGCGAGGAUGAGAAUGCCCAGCCUGUGGGCACAGUCUAUCAGAAGACGGAUGCAGCUGUGGAGAUGAAACGCCUCAACCGGGAGCAGUUCUGGGAGCAGGCUAAGAAAGAGGAAGAGCUACGCAAAGAAGAAGAGCGGAAGAAAGCCCUGGAUGAGCGGCUGCGUUUUGAGCAAGAGCGCAUGGAGCAGGAGAGGCAGGAGCAAGAGGAGCGUGAGAAGCGCUACCGGGAGCGUGAAGAGCAAAUCGAGGAGCAUAGGCGAAAGCAGCAGAGCCUGGAAGCAGAAGAAGCCAAGCAGCGAUUGAAGGAGCAAUCCAUCUUUGGGGAGCAGGAGGACGAUGAAGACAGGCAGCAGCCCAAAAAGUCUGAGUCGGAGGUGGAGGAGGCAGCUGCCAUUAUUGCUCAGCGGCCUGAGAACCCUCGGGAGUUCUUCCGGCAGCAAGAACGAGUGGCUUCAGCCAGCUCUGAGACACCCUCACCCUUCAACAGAACAGCAGGUCGUCUGCACUGUCCUUUCAUAAAGACACCUGACAGUGGGCCGCCUUCUUCCUCCUCUUCCUCUUCCUCCCCUCCACGGACUCCCUUCCCCUAUAUCACUUGCCACCGCACACCAAACCUCUCUUCCUUCUUCCCAUGCAGCCAGACGGAAACACACAGAAAGGCCUCGGCCUCUGCUAGUAGCCCCUGUGACUCCAGUACGGCUUCCACGCCAGUGGGUGAGCAGAUUGAGCGUGCCCUGGAUGAGGUGACGCAACAGGAUGCUUUAAAAGACUCCUCCAGCCCGAGCAAUGAAGAGACAGGCAUGGCAUCUGCUACGAACUGGGCUCCCCCCAGUGAAGAACAACCAGUGGAGAAAGCAGAAGAGCCUCCUGGGGCUGCAGCCUGGCAAGGCCCCGACUGGACAGAACCACAGCAAAGUGGGGCUGACCCUGUUGAAGAUGCGAUGCUCCCAGAGUCCAAAGAAGACCCUCUCUUCCCAGUAGCCCCGCCUCCUAAAGAAGAGCCUCAGUUCCCAGCAGCCCCGGUCUCUGUGCCGAGUGAGGAUGCUUUAGACCUGGGGGAAGCCUUUGGUUUUUCACAACCGCCUGCGCCCCCCUCUGAGAACAUUCUUGACCUGUGGCAGAACGACAGCACCGUUGCGGAGCCCAACCCUCCUGAUGCCUGGGAGCUCCAGCAGGGUGGACCUCCCACCCCAGCCCCGUGGGAUCUUCGCGAUGGGCCUCCCAUGCCUGCCCCCAUGCUGGUUGAGGUGGAUGCCCCUCCGGGGGCACCGGAGCCCCCAUCUUCUGCAGGCCUCCCUGAAGAUAACCUCUUGAACUUCAACGACCUGCCUGAGCCCCCAGCAACUUUCUGUGAUGCAGAUCAGGACGAAGAGCCAGCGAGCAUCAUUGCUGUGGAAGGGCUGCAUCAGAUGACGCUCAGCUACCAGCAUGCCCUGCAGGAGGCCUCUGGGGUGCACCAAGAGCCCCAACUGCUCACCAAUGGGGAGACUGCCCAAAAGGAGAGCACGCAGACCAGCGAGGGCUAUUUUAGCCAAUCACAAGAUGAAGAUUGUAACCAAUCAGAAGAACCCUCUGCUAAAGCUCCUCCUCCAGUGUUCUACAAUAAGCCCCCAG